AUGCUGCACCUUGUGGGUCUGGGCCUCGCCGACGAGAAGGACAUUACUGUCCGCGGUCUGGAGAUUGUGAAGAAGGCCGAGCGCGUUUAUCUGGAAGCCUACACGGCCAUUCUCCUGGUUGACAAGUCGAAGCUUGAAGAGUUCUACGGCCGUCCCGUCAUUGAAGCUGACCGCGAGCUCGUAGAGACUGGCAGCGAUGAUAUCCUCGCUGACGCCGACAAGGUCGACGUUGCCUUCCUAGUCGUGGGCGAUCCGUUCGGCGCAACAACCCACACCGACCUCGUUCUCCGCGCCCGCGAACUCGGCAUCCAAACAAACGUCGUCCCCAACGCUUCAAUCAUGUCCGGAAUCGGCUGCACGGGUCUCCAACUCUACAACUUCGGCCAAACAGUCAGCAUGGUAUUCUUCACGGAGAACUGGAAACCCUCCUCCUUCUACGACAAAGUGCGCGAGAAUGCGCAUAUCGGCCUCCACACCCUCGUCCUACUCGACAUCAAGGUCAAGGAACAAUCAAUGGAGAAUCUAGCCCGUGGUCGACGCAUCUUCGAGCCGCCGCGCUAUAUGACCGUUGCGCAGUGUGCGGCGCAGCUGGUUGAGACCGAGGAGACGAGGCAGGAGGGUGUUUAUCAUGCGGAUAGUCUUGCUGUUGGUGCGGCGCGGGUUGGGGCGCCGGAUCAGAAGAUUGUUGUUGGGACGUUGGAGGAGUUGGCAGAGGUUGAGAUGGGUGCGCCGUUGCAUAGUCUUGUUCUUCUGGGUCGGAGGACGCAUGAUCUUGAGCGGGAUUAUAUUCGGCAGUUUGCUGUUGAUGAAAAGACCUUUGAUGCUAGUUAUGUGAAGUAUUAUGGUCAUUCUUCAUAG